AUGGUUGGAGGAUAUAUCUCGUUUGCGGCGCAAACUGGAGAAGCAGCGCAAGGUGGAAGUGUAUGCGGAUGCCGACGAGAUCCUUCAGGAAGAGAUCAAGGAGUACAAGGUGAGUGGAGGGAGGAGGAGGAACGGGCUUGGCCAACCAGAGGUGGCCGGCUGUGGCAGGAGGAAGCCGUGCCUCCUGGCCUGACCUGCUCCUUGUCUGUCCGCUUGCUUGCCCAGGCAAAACUCACCUGCCCUUGCUGCAACACCCGCAAGAAGGACGCGGUCCUCACCAAAUGCUUCCACGUCUUCUGUUUUGACUGCGUCAAGACGCGCUACGACACCCGCCAGCGCAAGUGUCCGAAGUGCAAUGCGGCCUUUGGUGCGAAUGAUUUCCAUCGCAUCUACAUCAGCUGAGCCCCCCUGGAUCUGGUUUUCCCACUAAAGGGAGGAGGCCUCCCUCACAAACUCUGCCCGGAUCUCCUUGGACCCCUUUGAACCGCCUGCCUCGUGUCCCUCUCAGACGCAUCCAUCCCCCAUCAGUUUUCUGUAGUUUCGUUCCAUGUCUGCCUAAAAACCUCUUUCCCUGUAACAUCCUUUUCAGUGAAUUCCUCCUCAUUCUUUUCCUUUCCUUUCCGUCUCCUGCCCUUAGAUAUAAUAGCCUGGGACUAUUCACUGGACCCCCUCCCCCCAUCCUAAAUUUGCUGCUCGUCUUUGCACCCUUGGCCAAAGGGACCCUUCGAAGCUAUCUCUAGGCCUCCUUUCCCUCCUUUUACUGUCCUGUGAAUUUAUUAUUAUUAUUAUUAUUUUGGCAUGAGAUCAUUGCAGGCUAGCCGUCAGGCAGAUCUUGUGCUCUCUGUUAGAGAGGGGCCUUAUUUUUUUAAUUCUUUGAAGAAUUGCUUUGAACAUUUUUGAAAUAAAAACAUUGGAGACGGUCUGCUCCCGCAAGAUCCCCUCUCUUUGCGAAAA